GAAUAGAGUGUCAAACAAGCCUUCGAUCGUGCUGUUUGAUGGAUUCCAUCCGCCGACAACUUCUGUAGCACCACUGAGCAUCCCUGUACUGUACACGCACCACCGAACACAACACUACAAUGUCUCUCCCGCAGACCUUCAGGAGGGCCGUCUUCACCUCGGUCGGAUCCCGCCUCACCCUCGAGGAUGCCCCCCUGAAAAUGCCUGGAGCGAAUGAGUUGCUCGUGAAGGUCGAGGCCUGCGGCGUGUGCCAUUCGGACAUCGCGGUGCAGAACAAUGCCUUUGGAGCAGGUUUUCCCUUCACCCCGGGCCACGAGAUCAUCGGCCGUGUUGCUGCGGUAGGCGAGGGCGUGACGGCCUGGAAGGUGGGACAACGAGUUGGAGGGGGAUGGCAUGGUGGCCACGAUGGGACCUGCCGCGCCUGCAAGAAGGGUCUCUUCCUGAUGUGCGACAACGAGGCCACCAACGGCGCGACCAGGAACGGCGGAUACGCGGAAUACGUCCUCAUCCGGUCCGAGGCUGCCGUGCGGAUUCCCGAGGACGUCGACGCGGCCAAAUACGCGCCCCUGCUGUGCGCCGGCGUGACCCUGUUCAACUCGAUGCGGCGCAUGGACGUCAGCCCCGGCGAGACCGUGGCCGUGCAGGGGCUGGGCGGGCUCGGCCACCUGGGCAUCCAGUACGCCAAGAGCUUCGGGUUCCGCGUCGUGGCGCUCUCACGUGGCGCCGACAAGGAGCAGUUCGCGCGCCAGCUGGGCGCCCACGAGUACAUCGACACGACCAAGGUCGACGUUGGUGAGGCGCUCCAGGCCCUCGGCGGCGCCGCGCUCAUCGUCUCGACUGCCCCCAACGCGGAGCAGCUGUCCAAGCUACUGACUGGCCUGGGUCCCAACGGGAAGCUGCUAAGCCUGGCUAUCGCGGGAGAUGUGACCUUCAACACCUACCUGAUGGUUAAGAAGGGCCUGUCGGUCCACGCAUGGCCAGCUGGAGACGCAACCGACAUCGAGGAGACCAUCCAGUUCUCGAAGCUGCAGGACGUCCAGUGCUUGGUCCAGACCUAUCCUCUCGAGAAAGCGAACGAGGCUUACGAGGCGAUGCUCAACGGGACGGUGCGCUUCAGAGCCGUCAUCACCAUGGAGUAGGAGCCACAGGAGCUGGCCUUGCCCUCGGCUCCGGCCUCAGAGGUUCUGCGUGCCGGAGCACCAACACCCAACACAAGAACCCGAGGUGUCGUGGCAUGUCAGUCAGCGCCCGUUUUGGGGCGUCUGUGUUUUCGGCGUCUGUGUUUUCUUGUGCGGUGGUCCAGUGUUGCCCUAUGUAAGGGACG